AAUUCUUCAUCUUUUUAUGCUUUCUCAUUGGUUAUAUUAUAUCUGUGAUAAGUGUUAUUAGUGGAAUUUUCAUACUUCAAUAUUUUCGGUCACUAAAAUGUGUACGUAAUAAUAUUCAUACUCAUUUAAUGAUCGCCAUACUAUUACGUGCUUCUUCAUGGAUUUGUCUAGCUUUAAUAAAUACAACUAUGUUGUUACAUUCACAAGUUGUUAAUAAUAUAUUAACAUGUCUUUUGGCUUUUGGAAUGAUAGCAGUCUAUAGUUGGAUGCUUAUUGAAGGAAUACAUCUAAUGAAUAUUUUAUUCCUAACAUUUAUUGUUAGACGGUUUCGUUUCACUUGCUAUAGUAUCAUUGGUUGGGGGAUUCCAUCUGCAUUGACGUGUUCGUGGGCAACCGCAAAAUCAGUGAAAUUAGGACAUAUACAUCUGUGGACGGAACCAACUACAUCUGACCCUGAAGGGAUACUUGUUGUUACAUCAAUUCUUAUUACACUUGCAGUAAAUUUUUUUAUUAUGUCCAUCACAUUAUUCAUGCUAUUGACAAAACUUCAUAGACAACCAACUGGAAUAGCGGGUAGUCGAAAAACAAAAGUCAAUAGAACAAUUGAACUACAACGUCAGCGUUCACGUGGGAUACGUCAACUAAGAUCAUUAUCGAAUAAUCCAAUUACACUAAGUAACAAAUUAACCACAAUAAAAAUGACAGGGUCAGAAAGAGUAAACAAAUCUCAGGUUGAAUUACAAUUAAACGAUAAAACUGGUGUACAGCAAGAAAGGUUUAAAACAAUAGACAAUAACAACAAUAAUUCUAUUACUACUACUGCUAAUACCAAUAGUAAUAAUCAUAGCAAAAUUAAUAUCACUGCUGAAAUAAUUAAUCUAGAUGCACAAACACCAAUUAUACCACUAAAAACAAUCCUAGAAACAACUUCAACAAUAAAGACAGCAGGAGAUAAUAUGCAGUUAACAACAGGCAAGAAGAUGAAAACGAAAUUUCUAAAAUCAUCUUCAAAAACUUCAAAUGCUCCAUCAUAUUCAGCAGCUGCAAGUAUCACUUCUUCCGUAAAUUCAAAUGUUUCAGGAACUCAGCCAAUUAAAUCUGAUGUAACAAUUACUAUGGAUGAUAAAGUUAUGAAUAAUAAACAUACAAACAAGUGUGAUAAAAAAGUUUGUAAAAACUCUUUAAUUAAUCAAUGGAAAACCAGCAAGUAUUUCCAACGCAAAAGUAUUGACAGUAGUUUCCUAUCUUCCCCUGCAAUACGUAUAAAAGAGAUUAGGAAAGCCAUCAAAGCUAUAAUAUUUCUGAUGCCAUUGCUGGGUUUUUCACAGUUAAUAUUCUUAAUACCUUAUAGUAAAGAAUUCGGUAGAGUAUUUGAUUAUAUCAACGCAAUUAUGCUUUCUACUCAGGGUUUCUGGGUUACGUUAAUUUAUUGUUUCCUAAAUUCCGAAGUUCAACGUGUCCUUCGUACAAGAUGGCGUAUCUUAUGUCCAACUUUAAAAACUCAAUUAUCAGAACGUAUUCAACAAAAACAAUCAUUUAUAACAAAUCCAAUAUUAUUAUCAAAUAAUAAUUAUGAUAUAGAACAACCAUAAUUUUAAUUAUUACCGAGAUAAGAUCAUUUAAUCACCAGUAUUGCAAUGUUCUCAUUUGUUUCUAUCUUAUAUUAAUUAUGUAAUCUAAUACUGAAGACUUGAAGUUAUACAUUUACAGAUAAUACGUUCAAAAUGAAAUCUCGAUCUAUAUGAAGUUUAUUACACUACUAUUGAUUCUCCUACAUUUAGAUUCCUUUGUAUUUUAUUCGGACAUUUCAUUAUGGUGAUAAUGAUUUAAAUUUAGGAUUGUAAAGCUGCUUCUAAUUUCAUCUUUGUUUUCUUCAAAAACUUCUUAUUAAAAUAUUACAAUCUAUUUUUCAC